CAUUGUAUGCCAUCUUGACGAAUGAAAAGACUGACUUGGUCUGACAUAGAAUUUCCAACAAGCAAGGCAAGUUCUAAGAAAAUAGUAGACAAAUCCCUCAUCUGACUGGUCUAGAAAUGGGACAUGGCCUUUCCAAGAAACUAAAAAAGUUCCAGAAAACUUCCUUGAUAAGAUAUUGCCUUAAUGCUAUAAAUAUCCACACUUAAUUUGCCUAAUUAGCAAGCAUCAGCUUCUAGCAAUAUUUGUGAUUGAGUUAAAUGGAAGCAGGAAAAAGAAAGACUAUGGUUCAUUUAGAAUUUCAAGAUUUGCUGCCAAUUAUGGCGAGAAAGCUAGGAGGAGAUGGACUGAUCAACGAGCUAUGCAAAGGGUAUCGGAUGUUAAUGGAUGGUGACAAAGGAGUAAUAACAAUUGAUAGCCUAAAGAAGAACUCUGUGCUGAUGGGGCUGCAAGAUUUCAGUGAGGAGGAGUUAAAGAACAUGAUUAGAGAAGGAGAUAUGGAUGGUGAUGGAGCUCUUGAUCAGAUUGAAUUUUGUAUUUUGAUGUUUAGAUUGAGUCCUGACUUGUCAGAUGUGGCUCAAGAAUUGUUACAUAAAUCUGAACAAAAUUAGAUCCACCAUAAGUGAUACUGCAGUUCUGUAUCCUUUUUAACUGAUCUUGCAAUGCUCAUUCACAUGUAAUGUUUCACUUUGUUUUGCAUAAUGUUAUACUUGAUCUGCAAUCAGGGCAGAUACACCAUAGAAGUUGGCAAAACUCAGUUGUUUUGAUUCAAA